UGUCAGGAACAAGUUGUGGAAAAGCGUGUACAUCUAUAAGAUUUGUUUACCUUUCUGCCUGAUAUACCAGCAAAGUUUAUGAAAGAGAUUCCUAUUGAUUUGUAUUUUGGGUUUUAAAAUCAGUUUUCACCAAGUUCAUCGUCUUGGAGCUCCUUCGUUUUUUCGGUUGGGUGGAGUAUUUUUCUUCACUCCUUUGGGGAACGUCUCACUUAUCGUCUCCAGGAUGACCACGGGAUUUUAAGACCAGCGUUUAAGAACCAUCAUUUAGCCUACAAUGCGGUUUGGCGACUGUUAUCUCUGUGACACCUCUUAUCAGUCGUUAUGGGUACGGCAUCCUCUCUGGUGAGCCCUGGUGAGGUGAUUGAAGAUGCGUAUGGUGGCGAAGGUGGAGAAGCAUGCGAGAUACCAGUGGAGGUGAAGCCAAAGGCACGCCUGCUGCGGAGCUCCUUUCGCCGUGGACCUCGUGUCAUUGGAGCCAGCUUCAAAUCCACCGGAUCUGUGGAACUGGAGUAUGCAGCGGAGUAUGAGCGCCUCAGGAAAGACUACGAGAUCUUCCGAGUCAGCAAGAACAAUGAAAUCACCUCCAUGCAAAAGAAAGAAGCCAAGCUGGAUGAGGAGAACAAGAGGUUGCGGGCUGAGCUGCAGGCUCUUCAGAAGACUUACCAGAAGAUUCUUAGAGAGAAAGAAAGUGCCUUGGAAGCAAAAUACCAAGCCAUGGAAAGAGCUGCCACUUUUGAACAUGACAGAGACAAGGUUAAACGUCAGUUUAAGAUAUUCCGUGAAACUAAAGAAAAAGAGAUUCAGGAUUUGCUGCGGGCAAAACGAGAUCUGGAGUCAAAACUUCAACAGCUGCAGGCGCAAGGCAUUCAGAUUUAUGACCCAGCAGACUCUGAUUCAGAUGACAACCACACCACUGUUACUACCGCAGGAACUCAGUGUGAAUACUGGAGUGGUGGUGUGUUGGGCAGCGAGCCAUCCAUGGGCAGUAUGAUGCAGUUACAGCAGACACACAGGGGUCCGGAAUUCGCUCACAGUCUUAUUGACGUGGAGGGGCCAUUUGCUAAUGUCAGCAGAGAUGAUUGGGAUGCAGCGGUGGCCAGUCUUCUGCAGGUUUCUCCUCACGUCUCUCAGUCUCUGUGGAGUAACACAGUCCGCUGCUACCUCAUAUACACACACGAAACCAAAGCAGAGCUGCAGACUUUUAUUCAGACUUAUUCUUUAAGGCUUCAGAGGUUUUGUGAAGGUUUGGGUCAUUUUUACCUGAACGUGUCAUUUCCUGAGGAAAAGGCUGCUGUGUUUGCUGCUGAACGCAGACAAGAGAUGGAGAGGAGCUCUGUGUGUGUGCUGCUUCUCAAGUCCUCAGUAUCCAGUUGUGUUGUGGAGGAUGUUGAGGAAGCGUUUGUGAAGACCCCAGAUGCUCGACCUCUCUUACUGUACUUGCGAACCGGCGACAGAAAAGGUGAAAAAGAAGAGGUGUCUACCCUCAGUCCAGCCACCAGAGACCUGCUAGAGAGAGUUAACAAGGCUGACAGAAGUGCCAAACUUAAGGUAGUGGAUCAUGCUGGGUCUGUGGAGGAAGGAGCUGCUCUUAUCUUCUCUCAGCUGGAAAGAAUCAUAAAACAACUCCUCCAGCAUUUCUGGUCUAUUUCCGGCCUUUCAAUGGACCCUUCUAAGAUCCUCGAAGAGUUCCCACGCUGGCUAGAGCGACUGUCUGCACGUCACCAUGGAAACAUCAUAAUCAUCAUUGAUUCCAUUGACCAAAUACAGAAUGCUGAGCGCCACAUGAAAUGGUUGAUUGAUCCGCUUCCUGCUAAUGUGAGAGUGCUGGUGUCGGUUAAUGUGGAGACCUGCCCACAAGCAUGGAGAUUGUGGCCCACGCUGCACCUAGAUCCACUUAAUCCCAGAGAGGUAAAGAGUGUCAUCAGCACGGAGUGUGUGAACGUCGAUAUCAAACUCAGUAAAGAUCAGGAAAAAAAGUUGGAGAAACACUGUCGUUCAGCUGCAACAUGCAACGCACUCUAUGUCUCACUACUGGCCAGACUCAUUACACACACCAGUACUUCUUGGACAUUGGACAGAACUCUGCAACAAUGUGUGAUGUGUCAAGAUACAGUAUCACUCUACAGACUUGGCCUGAAGGUAGCACUGGACUCACUCAUAAGCGAUCAGGAAAAAAACAUCAUGAAAGAGUUAUUGUGCCUAGUUUGUGCCAGCCACAAUGGGAUCAGUGAAUCAGAAGUCUUGGAGCUGUUCCCAGACCUGACUUUCCCUGCUCUCAUCUCAAUGCUACACAAUCUGGAAAAGCUUCUCAUUAUUACUUAUGCCUGUGGCCUUAUACGCUUUCAGCACUCACAGGCAUCUGAAGGGGUCAACCAAGAGUUUCUGGAUGGUGACAAAUGCCAUGGAUCCUACAGAGAGAAAUGUAUUCGCUUCUUCAGCCAGCAGUUGGAACAAGACCGAGUUACCUGGAGAGUGGCUGAUGAGUUGCCAUGGCUACUGCAGCAGCAGGAAGAUCGAAGUAAACUUCAGAUGAGUCUGCUUAACCUGUUUGUGUCUCAAAACCUUUACAAGAGGGGUCAUUUCUCAGAGCUUCUGGCAUACUGGCAGUUUGUGGGUAAGGAUAAGUGUUCGAUGGCGACAGAGUAUUUCGACGCAUUGAAGGAGUUUGAGAAGUCCUGUGAGAGUGAGCAGAGCAUGAGCCGACUUGCCAACUUAUACGAAACACUGGGACGAUUCCUCAAAGACCUAGGAUUGCUCAGUCAGGCGGUGGCCCCCUUGCAGCGCUCCUUAGAGAUCCGUGAGACUGCUCUGGACCCCGACCACCCAAGUGUGGCUCAGUCCCUGCACCAGCUGGCGGGGGUGUACGUUCAUUGGAGGAAAUUUGGAAAUGCAGAGCAGUUGUACAAACAAGCUAUGGAGAUAUGUGAAAACGCUUAUGGCCCUGAACACAGCACCGUCGCUAGAGAACUAGACUCGCUUUCACUGCUCUACCAAAAACAAAACAAAUAUGAGCAGGCUGAGAAGUUGAGAAAGAGAUCCGUCAAGAUCAGACAGAAAACAGCACGGCAGAAGGGCCACAUGUAUGGCUUCGCACUUCUGAAGCGACGGGCACUGCAGUUAGAGGAACUGACACUUGGCAAAGACUCAACAGAUUGUGCCAAGACUCUAAAUGAGCUUGGCGUGCUGUAUUACCUGCAGAACAACCUAGAUGCGGCAAAGUUGUUCUUGACCCGAUCUCUGGAGAUGCGUCAGCGUGUGCUGGGACCCGACCAUCCCGACUGCGCCCAGUCUCUAAACAACCUGGCUGCGCUCCACAGCGAGAGGAAAGAAUACGAGAGUGCUGAGGAGCUCUACGAAAGAGCAUUAGACAUCCGGAAACGAGCGCUGGCCCCAGACCACCCCUCUCUUGCUUAUACCCUCAAACACUUAGCCAUGCUUUACAAACGCAGGGGGAAGCUGGAAAAGGCAGUUCCUCUAUAUGAACUAGCUCUUGAGAUCAGAGAGAAGAGCUUUGGGCCCAAGCACCCCAGUGUGGCCACUGCUUUGGUUAACCUUGCUGUACUCUACUGCCAACUGAAGCAGCACAGCGAUGCAUUGCCUUUGUAUGAACGUGCUCUCAAGGUUUAUGAGGAUAGUCUUGGUCGACUGCACCCUCGUGUUGGAGAGACUCUAAAAAAUCUGGCUGUACUCAGUUAUGAAGAGGGUGAUUUUGAGAAGGCUGCUGAACUCUACAAGCGUGCAAUGGAAAUUAAAGAGGCUGAGCCAUCUCUGGUGUGCGGCAAGGCUCCUUCCCGUCACUCAUCUAGCGGUGACACCUUUAGCAUGCGAAGCCCCGUCCUGCCAAACACAUCAAGGUGACACCUGAACACACAAAACUUAAAUAAGAUGAACUCGGACCUCAUUUGAAGCCAUAUCGACUACACCUGCUGUCUUUAGGCAUGUGGUUGAAAACCUCUACAUGGAAAUAUCAAAUGUGCAUGACACAAAAAACUGUUCUCAUGCCUACUGAUGUUUUGUUUAGUCAUUUAAAUAAUCAGUUUUAAUCUAAUGUCCACUGCCACAUUGUGUAAAGAGGUAAAAGUUGAGAAAGGAAGUGCUUUUGAGAAAGGAAGUCUUGUCAGUCUGUUCAAUCAGCAUAUCAGUAACACUUCAAGUGUUUUACUGAUAAAAUGGAAGAUGUCUAAAGUAGUUUUGUAAUGUCUUCAUGAACAAAAUAGUGCUAAAGGAGGAAGAAUUAAAAGAAAAAGUAAUUGAGAGCUGCAUUUAAAAAGGGAGAUCUAUAGAUAUGACUUCAUAAGUGCAAGGUAAAAUGUCAGAGUUGUUACUGCAAGUUCAUAACUUUAAAAACAUUUUAGAAUUAGGAGAUUUUAAUCUUAAUUUCAAGAAAUAACAACAAAUUUACAAACAAAGUGACCAUUACAAGAAUUAAUGUUGCAAUGGGAUGGUAAUACUUUACUUGAAGGGGGUGUUCAUGAAACCUUUAUAAUCAUGACACAUCAAGAAAAUACGUCAUUGGCUCAGUUGUGUAAUUUUAAAUGUGAAGACGGCAUUGCUUGAGAUGUCUUAGUCAUGACAACUUGACCUUACCAAGACAACAUGACUUUAUAAAUCAUGAAUGUUUUUCUGACUGAAUUUGUCAUUAGAUCUUGUAACAUACAGGUCAUAGCUGAAGAACGGGAUAACCCUUCAAUACUGUUUUUCACACUGGUUCGACGUUUAUGAAUUUUGGCUCCAGAAAGUUUGGAGCCAAAAAUCGCUGUGUGUGACACCUUGGCCCAAUCCCAAUUCUACCCCUUAGCCCUUCAGUUUUACUGAAAAAAAGUGACCAAGAUAUUCAUGACAAUUACGAUGACCUUUUGUCAAUCGUUUUUAUGACAGAUUUAUGACAAUUUAUGCUGUCCUGGUAAUGUAAAGUUGUCGUGACAAAGAAAUGGAUAGAUUUUGUUGUCUUAAUAAUGUCAAGUUGUCAUGGCAAAGACAGUUUCAUGAUUGUCUUAAUAAAAUCUUGAUUCGGAUGGUGUUCAGUCUUGCGAACACCAGGGUAUGAAUUACAGGGGGGUUCGGAGGGGAUUGACCCCCUAAUUAAGGCUCGAUCCUGCCCUGAAGGAUGUCAAAACAAGAUGUAUGAAGGAGUCCUUUUGAAUCUGAGAAAAAAUUCACUCUGAUCUGUAUUUUAAAUAAUAAUGUUAAUAAUUAAAAUAAUAGAUAUCCAUUUGACCAAUCCUGUAACGAUUAACACCACUGUGAAUACAUAAUCGCUCCAAUCAGUCUACACAAGAAAAAAGACAUUUAAUAGUCUGAAACUGGUGGAUUUAGAGCACCAAUAGACACUGGAAGAGUUCAGAAGACGGAUUUCUCAUAAAAUAUGUGUUUGUUUCUACAUAAAGCCUAAAAGUAAAGUCUAAUUAGAUGUGUAGCUUGUAUAGUUUGGCCUGAAGUAAGCCAAAAAUAGCUAAUCAGGUCAGAAUACACUAUAUAGCCUAUCCCACAAAACACUGAAAACCUAAAUAGAUUUUAUUAAUCAAUUAGAUAUCAUUUAAAUAAAUACAUAAAUUUGAUUCACUGAAGCAAAUAUUACACAAACUAACAUAACUAACCUCCAAUCGCCAAUGUAUAAUUCGCACACUGAUGAACACCCUCGUUAAUUAAAGUGUUACAAAAAAAAAAUAAUCGUAGUUACAAGAAAUAAUAUUUACAAGAACUAAUAAGGUAUUGGACAGCAGGAACGAGACGCAAAGUCACAAUUUUAGGAAAGAAUGUCACAAUUAGUAGAUAUGAAGCAGCAACUUUGAAAUAUAAAGGCGCAGUUUGGAAGAAUAACUCAGCAGUUAUGAGUUAAACUGUGAGAAAAACAUCAACAGUAACAAGAUAAGAAGCCCGAGUUACCAAAUGUGAAGUUGCAAAUAAGAUAAACAGUGGCGCAAUAGUUUCUUCUCUCAAAAAGAUAUGAUGGAAAAUAUCAUGUACAUGUCGAUUUACUUGAUAUAUAUAUACUGUAGUUUAGUUUUUUGUAUUAUUAUCAAACUUUUUAAAAAGAGAAAGUACGCACUUCAGUGAGAUACUAGAAAUCUGAUCAGUGUUUAAGCAUAUAUUUGAGAUUUCUGUUACUACGGCCAAGAUUAUGCAAUAUUAUGCAUAGUACUGCCAACAUAAUGCUUGUAUCAUUUCAACUGCAAUAACGAAAUAUCUUCCUGUAAACAUUAAAUUCUUCGGUCUAAAUUCUUCACUUUGACACUAUAUACACUACCAGUCAAAAGAUUCUUUUCAUGUUUUAUAAACUUAUUCUGCUCAACAAGGCUAUAUUUAUUCAGGUAUAUAUACAGUAAAAACUGUUCAAUUGUGAAAUAUUAUGGCAAUGUUACAUGACUGUUAUUUUACUGAAUGUACUUUAAAGUGUUAUUAAUUCUCGUGGUUUAAAUCUAAAAUUUAAGCAUAAGUAGUGAUCAGUGUCAUGUAAUCUGCUCAAGAAGUAACAUCUAUUGUUGUAGUUGUUCUUGUCAGUUUGGAAAACUAAUAUAAUACAAGUACCAUUAAAAAUGUAUUUCCUUUUAUUCAUCACAAUAAAUGGUUCAGUCAACAGUAGAAGUAAAUACAAUUAUAAUGUAAAAAAGAUUGCAAAUAAAAGCUAUUUUUUAACCUUUUUUAAAUCAAAGAAUCCUGAAAAUAAAAUGUAUAACAGUUUCCACAAAACUAUGGAGCAAGACAAAAACAAAUCUCAGCACUGGUAAUUGUAAGAAUAAUUAUUAUUAGUGAUUUUGUACCAGUAAUAACUAAUCAUAAUAGAACAGCAAAUCAUCAUAUUGAUUUCUGAAGCAUCAUGUGACACUGGAGAAAUUGGGAGUAAUGAUGAUGAAAUUCAGCUUUGAAUCACAGGAAGUGAAGCUUUGAAUCACAGUAAUAAGUCAAAUUGUAAUAUUUCAUAAUUGAACUGUUUUUACUGUAUUUUUGAUCAAUUAAUCUACCUUUGUGGAGUAGAAUUGGCUUCUUUUAAAACAUAAAAAAAACUUACUGAUUCUGAACUUUUGACUGGUAGUGUGAAUAUAAAUAAAUAAAAAAACACCUUACAAAACUGUUCUACACUGCAAAAUACAUUUCACAGCAUUAUAAAAACAACCGUUGUCAUACGUUGCAAUACACUACAAUAAAAUAUACAGAUUAUCAAUUGAUUGAUAGGGAUUUUGUAGUAUUUAACAUUUUAUUUAUUGAAAAGCUCACAAAUAUUUUACUAAGGAAAUAUUUACAUUGUUUAAAGAGUUAGUUCAUGCAAAAAUGAAAAUUUUGCAUUUAAUUACUCACCCUCAUGCUGUUCCAAUCCACUGAGGCCUUCGUUCAUCUUCAGAACACAAAUGAAGAUACUUUAAGUGAAAUUUGAGAGCUCCCUUAUCCUCCAACAGUCUUGAGAUGUUCAAGUCAAGAAAAGGAACCAAAAACAAUAGCCCCUUCCACACAUGAUCCCCUUCUGGAAAAUUGCUGGUAAUUUUCCGGAAGAGAUCAUGUGUGAACAGGUCCUUUUUGAAAAUAUCAGCAAUUUUCUGGAAAGAGAAGUUGUAACAUUACCGGUAAUUUGACGGAAUGCUGCUCUGUGUGAACACAACAGGAAAUUGCCGGGAAGAAGGCGUUCACGAUUAGAUCUAGACGUCUACUCCAGCCAAUCGGAACAUUCAGACGCAUUCACAUCCGUGCUGUUUAUAAAAAAUUAGUCCAGACACAUUUAGCUGCUAGAUGUUAGUCAGAUAACGUUUCUAUGUUCCUUAAUGCCAACUGUGUAAAAAAAAAAAUUUGAUAAAAUGAUUAUGAUAAACUGCCAUUUGUUUAUCUUCAAGCUGCUUCAGUUGCUUGACGCGUGUGCACAUGAAGCAGCCGGUGAGCGCCAGCACACACACAUAUUAUGUACAUCUCGACAUGCGAAAGUUUUCCUCGAAGUUGUACACAAAACUUCAUCCACAGAACUUGUAAUGUGUAAACACGUGUAAAUGUAUAGCUGCGGUUCGCGCUUCUGCCUUUGGAUGUCUCUGGGCCGAAGCAGCUGCAUGAAUGGUGAAGCUUUAAAUAAAAGUGAAACCAUCAACAGAAGUCCCACCCCUUCUAUGUUUACAAAGCGCAGCCGUUUACAGGUCAUUUCUGGUUAAUGUCAGAAUUUACCUGUAUUUUGGAAUGGAUGUGUAAAUGGUCUUUACCGGAAAAAUUCCGUAACGUCCUUGACUGUGUGAAGUUUUUUUUUUUUUUAAAUUUACCGGCAAAGUCAUUCCGGUAAUUUUCUGGAUAUUGUGUGCAAACAUUCCAUGUGACUUUAAAUGUAAUCAUACGAAGCUCCAAGAACACUUUUGUGUAAUAAAAUGGCAAUAUUGCAAUAUGUUCCAUAUCAAAUGUGCAUCCUGACCUUACAAGGAAGAGAAGACUCUAGCGAGUCAUUUUACAGUGAUUUUCUUUUUGCGUACAAAAAUAUUCUUGGAGCUUCGUAUGAUUACAGUUGAACCAUUUAAGUCACAUGGUAUGUUUUGCUUUCCUUUUUUGGACGUCUCUGUUGUUGUCGUUAUAUGUUGCUGCUGAUAAUAUAAUCUCUCCUUCAUUAGCAUAAACAGCCCUGAGUGAGAAGCAGCCGUCUGCCAUAAGAGUUUUGAAUCUGCUGCUAUGGUGACUCAUAGGUGUUUAUAGCUCCACCUUCUUUUGAAUCUCAUUUGAAUUUAAAGCGUCUGAAUUUAAAGCGACUUCAUCUAAAAUAUCUUCAUUUGUGUUUCCAAGAUGAACGAAGGUCUCAGGGGAUUGGAACUACAUGAGGGUGAAUAAUUAAAAACAGAAUUAGAUUUAGAUGAACUAACCCUUUAAUGUCACAGGAAACAGCAUGUGCAAUAAUAUGCUUUUGUUCAUGCUUAAUGAUAGUAUUAUAUUAGUUUUGAAUUAUACAGUAAAAAGUUAAUCUAUAAUUGAUUGGCAAUUAUGUCACAUAUUUUGAUAUUUAGACAUGGUACUGUUGUUUUUGUACUUUUUAUUGUGAAUAUAUAUUAUGUUCUAAUUUUGAUAGCCAGCUGUAAUGAACACAUGUACACUACCUGACAAGUCUUGUUGCCUAUUCAAGUUUUAGAAACAACAAAUAAUAACUUGACUUCUGGUUGAUCAUUUGGUGUCAGAAAUGGCUUAAAUGAGACUAAGGCCUCUAGAUUACGCUUAUUUUGCCAAAAUAAAAUAUGAUCAUGUAUGUUCAUGUCUGAUGACUGGGCUGACUGUCUGGUGAUAGAUCUUCUGCAGUAUUUGUGAUGAUUGGGAUGCAGUUCAACAGAUCUACCUUCUGGCACUUUUCCAAAUGAUCAACCAAAAGUCCAGUUAUUAUUUGUUGCUCUUACAACUGGGACCGACAACAAGACUUUUGUUAGGUAGAGUAUAUACUACACUAACUGCCAAAUUUCUGAGUGCAAAUACUUAAAAGUGCCAACAUUUAAACCUGGAAAUUAGCUCAAAUUUAACCUGUUUACUAAUGUGCCUCAUUCUGUAGCAAACUCCUCUUUGAAAUGCUGGAUUCUGGGACAAUUCAUUUCAAUUGUGUCUUGUAUUACAUUACAUUGUGUUUUUCAUUGCUAAAUAAGUGUAUUUUAUACCAAAAUUCUCUUACUGCACAUAAUGUGUUCAAAGUUUAUUGUGUAUGUUUGAUCAAUAAAUGUAAAACGGAGUGAAAA